UCUGACCUGCGUGGAGAGUGCAGAGAGAGAAAACGUCCCAAAGCAUUUCCUAAAUAAAUUCUCUGCACUAUCCCAAUUUCUAGUGCUGCUUCACUCACAUCCACAAAGACAGAGCACAACACAAACGUAGUACUAGCUAGUCUAAGAAUCAUGCCUAUAUAACCACCAAAUCACUCAAUAAAGCCACUCCAAAUAUUUUUCCCGCAAAACAUUCAACAUUUCCAACUCCCUAAACCAAUUAUGGCAGAUAGCAGCAACAGCAAGAGCAACCCCCUCAUCCAACUGAUAACACCCUCACCCACAAAGGGUGGUUGGCAUGCUGCAAUCUUCAUCAUAUUUGUGGAAUUUGCAGAGAGAUUUGCAUACCAGGGUUUGGCUGGGAAUCUGAUCACAUAUCUCACUAAUGUUCUGAAUGAACCCAUCACAACCGCCGCCAAAAACGUCAACACAUGGGUUGGUGUUUCAUCACUCUUCCCUCUUCUUGGUGGUUUCGUAGCUGAUUCAUAUCUGGGUCGGUUCAACACCAUAGUCAUGUCUUCUCUCAUUUAUCUCCUGGGCAUGAUUUUCUUGACACUAUCAGUGUCGGCAUUGAAGAGCAAAACGCUUUUCUUCGUGGCACUUUAUGUGCUUUCCAUCGGCGACGGAGGCCAUAAACCUUGUGUUCAGACCUUCGCCGCCGAUCAGUUUGAUGAGGACUCGCCGGAGGAGAAGGAGGCCAAGAGUUCAUUCUUCAACUGGUGGUACUUAGGCAUUGUGGCUGGAUCCACUGCUGCUGUGUUUGUAGUCAUCUAUCUUCAGGACAAUGUUGGGUGGGGAGUGGGGUUGGGAGUUCUGGCAGGGAUGCUGGCAUUGGCACUUGCACUGUUCUUGUUGGGAAUCAAAAGGUACAGAAAGGAAGGCCCAGCAGGGAGCCCAUUCACCAGGUUGGCCCAAGUUUUUGUUGCCGCUGCUCGCAAGAGGCGCGUGCAAGUCACUCCCGGUGGUCACAACAAUUAUUGCUAUACUGAGGUGGAGCGUGACGAUGAGCCUCACCGUCUUCAUCUUCGACCAAAAAUUCACACUUUGCUCCAUACUCCUCAAUGUAGAUUCUUGGACAAGGCAGCCAUCAUUGACGAAGCCGACACCACAAGCAAAACCAGAGAUCCAUGGAGGCUAUGUUCAGUGACACAAGUAGAAGAAGUGAAGCUGGUCCUCCGCCUCAUCCCCAUAUGGCUAAGCUGCUUGAUGUUCACCGUAGUCCAAGCCAACCUCCACACAUACUUCACCAAACAAGGCAGCACCUUAGUCCGUUCCAUAGGCCCUCACUUCCAAAUCCCACCAGCAUCACUCCAAGGCCUUGUCGGCGUCACGAUCCUCUUCGCAGUCCCACUGUAUGACAGAGUCUUCGUGCCUCUCGCGCGAAAAUUCACCGGCCAGCCGACCGGCAUCACAGUCAUGCAGAGGAUUGGAGCUGGUUUGUUUUUAUCCAUUCUCAACAUGGCAGUGUCAGCUCUGGUGGAAACCAAGAGGGUUGGCGUAGCGAGAGACCACGGUUUAUUGGAUAAUCCUAAAGCAGUUUUACCAAUGAGCAUUUGGUGGUUGCUACCUCAGUACACGAUCACUGGGGUUUCUGAUGCUUUUACAAUUGUUGGCCUUCAGGAGUUGUUCUAUGAUCAAAUGCCUGAGUCAUUGAGAAGUUUGGGAGCUGCUGCAUAUAUAAGCAUUGUUGGAGUUGGAAGCUUUGCUAGUAAUGUUGUUAUUGCUGUAGUGGAGGCAGUUUCAUCAAGACAUGGUGAGAAAUGGUUGGGGAAUAAUCUGAACAGGGCACACCUUGAUGGAUUUUACUGGGUUAUGGCUGUGAUGAGUGCUGUCAAUUUGGGGGCUUACCUUUGGCUGGCAAAGGCUUUUGUCUACAAGAAGGUUGAUGGUGGGGGUGAAAUAACUACCUGUCAGGGUUCUAGACUCAACAGAAUCAGUUCUGAAAUGUAAAUUAAACCAGAGAAAUAAAAAAGUUGAGAGUCUGUUCUGGAAAGUAAAUUAAACCAGAGAAGUAAGAAUAAAAGAAAGCUUUUGCUAUAGGUAGUGCUACCAUUUCAGAACCGUAGAUGAGAAUAUGCUUGAUGGGCUUUGUGAUAUCAAUAAUUAAUAAGCUAGUUGCAUCUUGGUUUCAA